UCGGUACUGACAAGGCGCUCAGGCAAUUCACUCCUCUAAACGAUGGCGUCAAAGGACGAUGGCGAUUCUCAGCCGGGGCCUCAUUUACGAUCGAUGUUUGUCCUGCAUUGCACGAAAGAGACGAGUUGUGUAAUGCGCUGCCAGUUGUGUCUUCCCAAAAAGGUCGACAUUUCAGCCUACAACUCAACAUCAAAGUUGAGGGAGCAUGUUGCGAGGAUUCACCCCAACAAACUUAUAAAGUACACAGAGUUGGUAGAUUCUAACAAAAAGCGAAAAUGUUCUUCCUCUGAUGAGCCUCCGACAAAGAGUAUGAAGAUCACCGAUUUAUGGAUCCCUCCACGGCGACUAACACAGGCAACGGUUGAUAGACUUGUGCUAAAUUUUGUCUGUGAAGCCAACCAACCAUUUUCUGUGGUUGAGAGACAAUCCUUCAAAACUAUGAUCGAAACUUUGCAUCCUCAUUGUACACUGAUGACAAGAAAAACACUAUGCUCUAGAAUACAGGAGGCUGCAAAGGACAUGAAGAGCAUCAUCAUUAAAAAGUUGAGUGCUGUGAACCAUGUUGCUACCACAACAGACUGCUGGUCUGCAAGACAACGUAGUUAUUUAGGUGUCACCUGUCACUGGAUAGACCCUACAACUCUAGACAGACAUUCUGCUGCAUUGGCUUGUCGACGAGUCAAAGGCUCCUACACAUUUAAUGUCCUUGCUGCUGCAUUAGAGGAAAUACAUUCUGACUACCACAUCAGGGAAAAAGUGACCAGAACAACGACAGACAGUGGCUCAAACUUCCUGAAGGCCUUUCCAUUAUAUGGAGUGGAAGAAAAAGAGGACCAUGAGAAGGAAGAGUCCCCCAUGGAUGAGGCAUCAGACGAUGAAAGUGAGUCAGAGUUGGAAUAUCAAGACGUAUCUGCCAUUCUGGAUUAUGACACUGGCCUUGAGUACCAACUUCCAAAGCACCAAAAAUGCGCAUGCCAUCUUCUGAAUCUAGUAGCCACAGUUGAUGCCUCUGUUGCAGAAGUUCGCGAUAAAACUUACAGAUUAUUAUCUCGCUCUGCUUUUGGAAAAUGUACUGCCCUGUGGAAUAAAACCAGCAGGUCAAGCACAGCGUUUGAGAUGGUGGAACGUGAAUGCAAUCUGCAGUUCCUUCGACCCAAUCAAACGCGUUGGAACUCCGUAUUCUUUGCUGUGGAAAGGGUGGUGCGGAUUCACAGGGAGCGGGGAGAAUCAGCAAUCCGCAAUGUCUGCCAAGCAUUGAAAAUCAAUAUGUUGAAUCCAGCUGAAAUGGCAUUUUUAGCAGAGUACGUUGCUGUGAUGAAGCCAGUUGCCAUCGCCCUGAACAUUCUCCAAGGGGAAUCAUCUGUGCACAUGGGCUUUCUACUCCCAACACUACACCAGUUGCAGAUUAAGAUGAAGAAGGUGGCAUUAUCUUCCAAAGUUUGUGUCCCUCUAAUCAAAGCCCUGCAGGAUGGCAUCCAGAAACGCUUUGAAAAUAUGAUGAAGGACCCAGAACUGAUUGCUGCAGCUAUACUACUGCCUAAAUUCAGAGCAAGCUGGACCACACAGAGAGACAUAUUAAAAAUUGGCCUUGACUACAUCAAAAAUCACCUCGACAUUGACCCUGAUGAUGCUGAUAACUGCACAAGCAGCAGCCUCUCUGAUGAAGAUUACUUUUUUGGAUCCAUGAAAAAAACCCAAACAGGAGAGCUGGAGAGGUACCUUUCAUGCCCAUCCACUGGAGAUAUGGAUCUUUUGCACUCGUUCCCUCUAAUCAAGAGACUGUCACUCAAACUCAACACAAGUCUUCCAGCAUCUGCAGCUUGUGAGAAACUCUUCAGUCAUGCAGGACUUCUUUUUACUGCUAAAAGAUCACAGCUUCACUGCAGAAACCUUGAGAGCCAGCUACUGUUGAAGCUGAACAGUCACUUUAAUGAGUGAUUUUUUUUUUUUUUUUUUUUUUUUUUUAGGUUUUAGAUAAAAAUGUUCUCUUGCAACAACUCUCAUUCAGUUUUUUUAUACUGUACACUCUUCCACUGAUUUAAAUUUAGCAUUACACAUAGAUAAUCUUGUAUUUGAUGCAAAGGAAUAUGUUUAAGUUCAAGGACAACUGUAUUGUUUGAAAGGUUUCUAAUAUUUGUGACACAAAACAGAGGAAAAUAAUUAACAAUAUCUUGGCAAAAGGACAUUGUUUUGCAAAAAAAGAAAGUAAACCUCUCACAAUUUAUUGUAAACUUGUUGAAGCAAAUGUUGCCUAAUGUUUUAUUUAUCAAAAAAUAUAUGUAUGCCUUUCCCCCAGACUUAUUAAAAGUUUGAUUAUA